AUGUCCUCGCCCUUCCGCCCCGGCUCGCCGCUGCCACUCCCCUCGCCGCGUCCCGACCCUCCCCCGCGCCCGCCGAGCGCUCCCCCACGCAGGCCACCACGCUGGCGCGCCGACUCGGCCCCGCCGCAGUUCUUGCCUAGCCCGCCGCCCACGCCGCCAGAGGACAUCGACGAGCACGACAACGACGACGGCGUCGGGCCGCUGCUCGUCCCCGCCCUCAUGGGCCACGCGGCGCCGUUCGACGUCGAGAUCGCAGCCCGCCGCCUCCGCGGCCUGCCCGGACGUAUCUGCUUUGACGACGUCGCGCUCCCCCCUCCCGAGAACGACGCCGACGACGAGGGCGAGGGCACCGACGGCCCGCGCCCGCGGAUGGGCCGCCGCUGGUCGCUAUGGUAG